CGCCGAAAACGCGCGAAGCGGGUGGGCGGGCGGAGGAGCUCUGUGACGUCGUAACGGAGCGCCGUCGCCGGCGUUUCGGGCUGUGCGGGGCAGCGGGUAGCCGCCAUCGGGGCGAGAAGCGGUUCCGCCACGCCGCCUCGGCUCGGCUCCUUUCAGCGCCUUUCGGCUCCUUUCGGCUCGGCUUCGGCUCGUUUCGGCUCGGCUCGUGCCGCUCCCUCACGCUGCGCCGAUGCGCGGCAGGUGCGUGUGAGGGGGCUGAGGGGGCUGCCGCGCCCUGCCCGCUGUGCGAGUCGCUGACCGUGCGUGCCGCCUGUCCCCUCCCGCAGGCGGUGAGCAUGAGCCUCUUCAACCUGGACCGCUUCCGCUUCGAGAGGCGGCGAGGCGGCGCGGGGCAGGAGGCCGGGCCGCUGGGGGCUCGGGGGCAGGCCGCCGCCCCGGCCGGCGAUGGCGAGGAGCGGGGUGAAGGCGAGGACGGCGGCAGGCCCGGCUCCCCGGCCUCGGGCGGGGCGGAGAGAACCGGGUACUCCAGCGUCCCAGAAACUCCUGAAGAUGAGAGGACAAAUAAGCUGUCUUAUUUCAAGCGUCGAAGAGGAGUACAAUUCCUAGACUUGUCUUCAGACAGUGAAGAUGAAGAACCAAGAAAUUUCCAUGCUGCAAAAUUAAAAAGGGCUCCAAAGGAAGAUGUGAUUGUAAUCUCUGAACAGUCUAAGGAUGAUGGGCAGCCUGAGGAUGAAUUGACCCAGUUGGCUUAUGUAAAUGGUGGAGGUCAGCUGCCAGACAUGAAGAAUGGUGUGGAGGAAGACAUCAAAGGUGCAAAGCUGCAAACAAUGAAGGAACUUUUCCCCCAGAGAAGUGACCAGGAUUUACUAGAAUUGAUAGAAUCGACGCACACAAUGGAUGAAGCGAUAGCUGCUGGUUUGAAGUUCAGUGAUGAAGCUACUUUUCGUAAAAGGAAACUAAAAGGUUCCCCCAGAAAUUGUGACAACAGUGAUGAGGAAGCUGCAAAAAAGCCAAAAGCUAAUCAUCUGGAUGGAUCAGAAUCCCAAAGACGAUGGGAGAAGAGAGAGAUGCUUGUAAAGAAGCUGCAAAAUACAUUCCCUGGAUUGGAUAAGGAGGAACUGAGAGAUGUACUUCAGGAACAUAACUGGGUGUUUCAUGAAGCACAAGAAGCCCUGAGAGUAUUUGCAGAAGACAGUGAAGGCGUGGAAUUUCCUUCCAAAAGUGAAGUUUCUGACUGGACCAAAGUCUCUGCAAACAGCAGAGGUGAUGAGAAUAAACAGAAGUUGAAGCGGAAAUCUUCUGGGAGAGAGCAUAACGGCUUUAGGAAAAAAAGCAAAAGUGUUUGGAGCACUAAAAGACAGAUGGAAGACUCGGAGGACGAGUCAGCUUCUGAAGAAGGUGGUAGCUCCCUUGACCAGGACUACAGCAGUGGUGACGAAGUGAUGGAGGAUGGUUACAAAGCUAAAAUCCUUAGCUUCCUGCAAGAUGCUUCCCCCAGUGAACUCACACUGAUUCCCCAGUGUUCUCAGAAAAAGGUUCAGAAGAUAAUAGCGCUCCGGCCCUUUAAUAGUUGGGAAGCUCUGUUUACAAAAAUGACUAAGACUACUGGCUUGUCGGAAGACAUAGUGUGGAAUUGCAAGAUCCUGCUGAAGGAGAGGGACGUGGUUCUCAAGCUCAUGAAUAAAUGUGAAGACAUUUCAAAUAAACUGACAAAACAAGUAACUAGGAUUACUGAAGAUGGAGGAUGUGGAUGGAAUAUAGAGCAGCCUUCCAUUCUGAAUAAGAGUUUGGAACUGAAGCCAUAUCAGAAGAUUGGUUUGAACUGGUUAGCACUUCUUCAUAAACAUGGAUUGAAUGGUAUUUUGGCUGAUGAAAUGGGCUUAGGAAAAACAAUUCAAGCUAUUGCGUUUCUGGCUUAUCUCUACCAAGAGGGCAAUAGAGGUCCCCACUUGAUAGUCGUGCCAGCUUCAACAUUAGAUAACUGGAUAAGAGAAGUUCAUCUGUGGUGUCCUGAACUGAAUGUCCUUUUUUACUAUGGAUCCCAGGAAGACCGGAAACAUCUCCGGGCGGACAUUAAUAAUAAAGUUGUAGAUUUCAAUGUCAUUGUAACUACGUAUAACUGUGCAAUUAGCAGCUCAGAUGAUCGAGGACUGUUUCGCAGGUUGAAGCUUAACUAUGCAAUUUUUGAUGAAGGUCAUAUGCUCAAGAACAUGAGCUCUGUACGCUACCAGCACCUUAUGACAAUUAACGCGAAGAAUCGCUUACUGCUAACAGGAACUCCGGUUCAGAAUAAUUUGUUGGAAUUGAUGUCUCUCUUGAAUUUUGUCAUGCCACAUAUGUUCAGUAGCAGCACUAGUGAAAUCCGAAGGAUGUUCUCUUCAAAAACAAAGAGUGCUGAAGAACAAAGCAUAUAUGAAAAGGAGAGGAUUGCACACGCAAAGCAGAUAAUAAAACCAUUCAUCCUAAGAAGAGUAAAAGAUGAGGUCCUUAAACAGCUACCUCCCAAAAAAGAUCUCAUUGAAUUAUGUGCCAUGUCUGAGAAACAAGAGCAACUCUACUGUGAUCUCUUAAAUAAGCUAAAGAAAACUAUUAACAGUAACGAGAAAAACUCUGAUAUGGGAAAUGUAAUGAUGCAACUUAGAAAAAUGGCUAAUCAUCCUCUCUUACAUCGUCAGUAUUACACAACUGACAAGCUUAGAACAAUGUCCACACUCAUGCUCAAGGAACCCACACAUUGUGAUGCAAAUCCUGACCUUAUCUUCGAAGAUAUGACAGUAAUGACAGAUUUUGAACUACAUUUGCUUUGUAAGCAAUACUCUCAUGUCAGUGACUUCAAGUUAGACAUGGAUCAGAUCUUGGAUUCUGGAAAGUUUAGAGCACUGGAACGUAUUCUGUCUGACCUUAAAGAGAAGGGUGACAGAGUUGUGUUGUUUAGCCAGUUUACCAUGAUGCUGGAUAUCUUGGAAGUUCUCCUAAAACACUGGCAACAUAGGUAUAUUAGGUUGGAUGGAAGAACACAGAUUUCUGAUAGGAUACAUCUGAUAGAUCAGUUCAAUACAGAUAUGGGAAUAUUUGUGUUCCUCCUGUCAACCAAAGCUGGUGGCUUGGGAAUCAAUCUGACUUCAGCAAAUGUUGUUAUUCUUCAUGACAUUGAUUGCAACCCAUACAAUGAUAAGCAAGCAGAAGAUCGAUGCCAUAGAGUAGGUCAGACAAGAGAAGUAAAAGUCAUAAAGCUGAUCAGUAAAGGGACUAUUGAAGAAUCCAUGCUCAAAAUCAGCCAGCAGAAAUUGAAGUUAGAACAAGAUAUGACUGCAGCGGAUUCGGGAGAAGAAGGGACCAUUCCAGCAGAUAUAGCCACAUUAUUAAAAGCCUCGUUAGGCCUCUAAAAUGUAAAUGUGGAAUUCAAGGAAUAAAGGUAAUGUUGUACCCCAAGGACUCGUUCAUAAAGUUUAUGGUCACCAAUAAUGUAAAUUUAUAACUUUUUAUAGUUUCUUCAUUGUAUUCCUCAUGGUAUUGACAAUUUUUAACACAACAGCAUUCUUCUGAUGCUUGAAAACAGAAAUAGCACAAAUGUGCCAACAUCAGAUGCUGAAAAAACGUUAUUUUAGAGGACAUUUUUCAAAAUGGGGACCUAAGUAGUAAUUGUUUUAACAAAUCUGCUACUGCUUAAGAUUUGUCAGUAUUUUUGUAAUUAUUUCUACCUCCAAAUAUAUAUAUGAAAUGACUGUCUGUUUCACUGGAUUAUGCGUGUAGAUUUUUUAUAUGUGCCUUAUUUGACAAUGCUCGAGUCUGUUUCUGCUUGUUUUGGUUUACUUGAUGUACUGUACUGGUUUUGUAUCAAUUUGUUCAAAUAAAAUUCCAUCGAUUAACAAAAUGUUUUCAUUUUGUGGUUAUUGUGGGAUGGGGUUUGAUAAACUUGCAUGUUAUGUCCCCUAGCGUGUAAUCCAAGAGGCAGCUUUAAAAUGAGCUGGAAUGCUCUGUUUGACCUGGUGUGGCUUUAUCCAGUAGUAGAUAAUAUAGUAGAUAAUUUGUUAUACUCGAAUCAAAGUUGUGAUAGAAUAUAGAUUAUAAAAAUAGUUACUGCCAAACAGAGCUCUCCACUCAGAGUGCAAUCUGAAGUCUAUUGCUGAAGAAGAGAGUGGAAGCUGAAGAAGGAAAAAUCUGUGAAGAGCUACAACAAAAUGCAAGGAAUUGCAAAAGCAGGUAGAUGUGAAUACGCAUCUCUGCUUAAGGUUGGACCUUGCUUUCAUUUCUGCCACUACCUGUUUAAUCUCUGAACUUCUUGGUUUAUGUCACUUAUAUAAUUACAUGAAAUAACACAGUGGGGGAGGGGGGAGGCAAGCGUAAGGGGAAGCGCUUUUCCAGCAUUGUUCAUUUGCAGCCCAGAGGAUUACCCAAGUCUGUUGUGGUUUAUCUACUUAAAACAGACAGUGGAGUCCUCUUGCAAGCACUUGUCUCCCCUUGAGUUUGGGUAAACUGCUUGCAUCUACAACCCACCCUGUUGCUAGCAGUUCCACAUACCUGCUUUUCCCAAUGCUGGAAGAACAAACUGUUUAUUCAUUUGUUUUGUUCUACACCUGUUUUCACCCUUGCCACCAUUGUUUGUUGCCUUUACUGGAAGAGAUACUGAGCAAUUGAAUGUUUUUGCAGCUGGAGAACUAGUACUGGUGUGGGCAAUGGCUCAGCUGGGCAGCUGCAUUGUUUGUAAUGGUGUAACAGGAACAACAAGUGUUUGAGAAGCGUGAAGUUUAUUGACAAAGUGGGUAGUUCCUCUUUGUAUUUGCUGUGUCCUUAACCCUCCCAAACAUUUCUACUCUCCUUUAUUCUGGUUUCCUCCAGCACUGAAAGUCAAAAAAAAAAAAAAAAAAACCACAAAAUAUUGUUGAGAUUACAUCUGUCCAGUAAAAUUCAUUUCUCCUCCCUUUGAGAACCCCCAGAACAUUAAUUGGAUUGAUGAAACACUUUAUUAGCAGUGAGGGAAAGAUGGCUGGAGCUACACCUCUACCUCAGGCUCUACUCUACUCAGUCAGCUUUUUAGAUGCAUUCUAUCAAAAAUAGAAGUGAUAGAUUCUGAUUUGGAAUUGCAUACCUAUAUGAAAUUAAUUCAAAUGAUUCUAAAAUUAAUAACUUAAGAUGCUUGCGGUGUUUUAAUCAAAACAUGAAUUUGUUUUUCUACUGGACAACUGAUUUACAUUAUCGUCUUUGGUCUCUUCUGGAUCCAGGCUGCAAUAGCAGGAAGUGCUUGCACUCUGUCCCUGAGAGCCAAAAGCCUGGGGUACUUGUCUGCCAGGUCAGGUUUGCAGGACAGAAGUGUUGUACUGCAUACAUCCCAAUAGAAAUCGGCCCAUGUUACAGAUUUCCCCACCAGCCAUUUGUUAUCCCCCAGGAAAGUAUCCAAAUCUUUCAAUAACUCAGGUGCUUUGUUGGUGAGGAUGUCAUUAAAUGCUUGUUGUUUCACCUCCUGAUUUUUCUCUGCCCAUGG